UUUGUUAUAUUUGAAACGUUGAUAGAAACCAUUAACUUUAAGUUUUGUAGUAUUUUUUUUUGUCAAAAUUUUUAAUUGCCAUUAAAUAUUACGUUAACUUUAUAGUUUUUUUAUAGUUACGUUUUAAUUUCAAUGACCUAUAUAUAGGUUAGAUAAUUUCAUGUUUCAAAUGACAAAUACAAAUCAUUGUUUCUUACAUUUGUUUUUCAUAAAAUAAGAAUAAUUCUUGUAUAUUUUAAGCGUAAGUAGAUAUGUCUAAAUUUAGCUCUCAGAUUACUACGCUAUUCAUCGUUGUAGCUUUGGUGUGUGCGUUUGUUCCGGUUUUCUCAGUCGAAGAAGCUGAAGCAAAAUCAUUAUGGAAUACUUGUCUUAUUAAAAUCACUCCUAAGUGUGCGUUGGAUAUAAUUGCUGUUGUCUUUGAAAUUGGUACCAUCUCUGAUCCUUGCUGCAACGAUCUCGUCAAAGAAGGGAAAAUGUGUCACGAUACACUUAUUAAAUAUAUUGCAGAUAAACCCAUGUUAAUUGCCCACGAAACAGAAUACUUGAAGAAGAGUGAUGACUUGUGGAAUCAUUGUGUCUCAAUC